CUCAUUUCUGAUACCUCUGACAUGCAGCAGAACCAAACCCCAUCCCCGUCUCUGUCGUCGGAUGGCGCCGCCAAAAUGGCGCGACUGAGCGAGAACAAGCGCCGCUACCGGGCGCGCCGGAAGGAAUACGUGUCAGAUAUCGAACGAAAGCCUACUGCUGCCCGUCAACAAGAGACAGUGCGGAAGGCGAGGCAAUGGGCAACAGCACUUGCAGCUAGCCGCAACUUGGGGCUGACAUUGGAGCCGUGGAGAAGCUAGGAGCGUCCUCCUUCAACUUCAGUGACAGCAUGACGAGUGAGAAUCAACAGUCCACCCAUCCGUCUGAGAGCAUUUCCACAUGUCUCACGGCGCCGAGACGCCGCUCGGGGGCCACUUACACUCGGAAUCUUUCACCCCGCCCCCAUCCCCAACCCCAACCAUUCCGAACACAAAAAUAUGGUCAUGGCGAUAUAUCCGGCGAGGCCGACUAGCAACGACACACCAGCUAUAAGGCCAAACAGUCCAAGUCUUCCAACGCAUAACGAGACCUGCACCCGCCUCAAAGUCAAACAAACGCCCCCAUGCAAACUCCCGACACGCCUCGAGGAAAGCUCUGGCGCAGAUAUCACCCAAGUUGCGGUCACUUCCUGUUCGGAUGACCCCGCUCAGACCUCGUGUCGUGAAGUCGGCGUUGAGUGUGGGAAGGCAUAUGAAAUGCUCAUGCCGUACGCAACAUCUGAAGAAAAGAUGGACUGUGUUGCUCGGGCUUUGGAAAGCGGCUGCACUACGAAUGGGAAGGGCGGAUGUGCCGUCAAGUCUAAAGUCGUCUGGCAAACCCUCGGGAACAUGUGCGGAUGAUUGAAUUUCUCAGUGACAAUAAAUGUAGGACUAUAGCUCGUUUGAGUAUUAUGGCUAGGAUGUCUCCAAAGUGGCCCAACUAGUGAGCGCUUCCAAGUACGUGUAAGCAUAUUUGGUCG